AUGAUUUCCAAGAUAAAAAGAAUUACUGCUAGAUUAGAUGAAAUCAAUGAACAAAAGGAUGUGCUGCUUUUGGGAGAGGGUGGUAGGAGGACCAACCAAAUAAGGGAAAGACUACCCACAACCUCUUUGGUGAAUGAAGCACAGGUUUAUGACAGGGACAAGGACAAGGAGGCAAUGAUUGAAUUGUUGAAGGUUGAAGCAAUUCUUGCAAAGUUCUCUGUCAUUGCCAUAGUAGGCAUGGGGGGCGUUGGAAAGACGACUCUCGCUCAGCUCAUCUUCAAUGAUACUACUUUGGAGUUUGAUUUGAAAGCUUGGGUUUCCGUUGGUAAAGAUUUUGAUGUUUUCGGAAUGGCCAAAACAAUUCUCUGGCUGAAGGGUCAUGAUGAGAAAGACUUAAAUUUGCUUCAGCUAAAAUUGAAGGAGAAACUGUCCAUGAAGAAAUUUUUGAUUGUCCUAGACGAUGUCUGGACUGAAAAUUAUGAAGAUUGGACUUGUUUUUGUUCUCCUAUUAUAGUGGGGGCGCCAGGAAGCACAGUUAUUGUCACAACUCACAGUCAUCACGUAUCAUCAAUGAUGGGUGCUGUUCAGGCUUAUCCUCUAAAGGAGUUAUCAUAUGAUGAUUGUAUGUCUGUGUUUGCACAACAUGCUCUCGGAGCACCGAAUUUUGAUGACCACAUGGUUUUAGAAGAAAUAGGUAAAGGAAUUGUUAAAAAAUGUCAGGGGUUGCCUUUGGCUGCUAAAGCUCCUGGAGGCGUCCUGAGAGGUAAACCAUAUCGUAAUGCGUGGGAGGAAGUGUUAACCAGCAAGAUAUGGGAUCUGCCUGAUGAGAAAAGCAAUGUUCUUCUAGCCUUGAGGCUGAACUGUUUUCAUCUUCCCUCACAUUUAAAACAAUGUUUUGCUUAUUGUGCUAUUUUUCCAAAAGAUUACGAGUUUGAUACAGAUGAGUUGGUUUUAUAGUGGAUGGUAGAGGGUUUUUUGUAUCAGCCAGAGAAGAUGAAGCAAAUGCAAGACAUAGGAUGUCAACACUUUCAUGAUUUAUUAUCUAGAUCAUUCUUUCAAUGGUCUAGUAAUGGUAAAUCACGAUGUGUAAUGCAUGACCUGACGAAUGAUUUGGCUAGGUAUGUUAGCAAAGAAAUUUGUUUUCAAUUGGGAAACAAGUUGGAGGAUGCAAAAUCAUGUGCAAAGACACGACAUUCAUCAUUCAUUCGCCAUCAGUAUGAAAUUUGGCAAAAAUUUGAAGGCUGUGUUGAUAUGAUGGGUUUGCGAACAUUCUUAGCAUUGCCCAGCAUGGCAAAAGGGCGUAGUUAUUUAACUGGUAAGGUGCUGUACGACUUGGUGCCAAAGUUAAAAAGGUUGAGGUUACUAUCACUUGCUGGUUAUGAGUUUGUGGGGUUGCCAAGUUCUAUUGGUGUCUUGAAGCAUUUACGAUAUCUCAAUUUAUCUUACACUGCAAUUGAAAGAUUACCUAAAUCAAUAGGUGAACUUUUCAACUUACAGAUAUUAAGAUUACGUGGGUGUAAAGAGCUUAUUGAGUUGCCCUUUGAAAUUGGCACUUUAGUUAAUUUGCAAUGCUUUGAUAUUAGUGGUACUGAUAAAUUGAAAGAGAUGCCGGUACAAAUUGGGAACUUGACACGCCUCCGAACAUUGACAAAGUUUAUUGUGGGAAAAGGUAAAGGACUUAAGUUAACGGAGUUGAAGAAAUUUUCUCAGCUACAAGGGAAGCUUCACAUCACUGGGCUGCAGAAUGUGGUGGAUAUUCGAGGUGCAGAUUUUGCCAGUUUAAAGGAGAAGCAAGGCCCAGAAGUACUAGAAUUGACAUGGACCAAUGCUUCCUUUUGUUCCAGAAAUCCAAAUCAUGAAGUGCAGGUUCUUGACUCAUUGCAGCCUCUUGAAAAUCUUUUAAAGCUCUCAGUUAAAUCAUUUGGUGGAAUAGAAUUUUCAUCAUGGAUUGGAGAUCCCACAUUUGCUAAUAUGGUAUGGCUAAAUCUUUGCAAUUGUCACAACAUCACGUCACUUCCACCACUCGGACGAUUACCCUCACUUAAAGAGUUGAGGAUAAAUGGCAUGAAUGAAGUGAAAGAAAUUGGUGUUGAGUUUUAUGGGAAUGGUUCAUCUUUUCCUUCUCUUGAGACUCUAAAAAUUGAGGAUAUGUUGGAGUGGGAGCAAUGGUCUUGGUCUCAUGAUCUCAAUAGGGAAGCUGCAAUAAAAUUUCCUAGUCUCCAUGAUCUUACAAUAAGUAAUUGUCCCAAAAGUUUGUUGGGACAUUGCCUGGCUGUCUUCCAUCUCUUCGAAAACUCUAUAUUAAAAAAUGUCAGGAGGCAGUUCUCCGAAAUGUGGGUAAUCUCACCUCUCUUACUUCCUUAAAAAUUGAGAAUAUUUUUGGCCGUAUCAGUUUAGAUGAAGUUCACAUAGAGCAGUUGAAGAUUUGAGGAUUGAAUUGUGUGAUUAACUGAAGUACUUAUGGAAGAAUGGAACUCAUUUAGACAAGCUUGCUUUUUUAAAGCAUUUGGAAAUCGAGCGUUGUGAGCAACUUGUGUCAUUAGUGGAAGGAAAGGAAGGACCAUUUUUCUUGCAAUCUUCAAGUUUUGUCAAUAUGGUCGUGUUGUAAUUUGGAGAAACUUCCAAUGGGCUGCACAGCCUCAGAUCUCUCAGAGAUUUGACCAUCAAAUUCUGUAGAAAACUCUUGUCAUUCCCAGCAACAGGCGUACCAUAUGGUCUCAGACGUCUUCAUAUUGGAUGGUGUGAUACUCUGGAGUCUCUGCCUGAGGGUGUUAGUGUUAUGCAUCAUGGUAAUGACAACGGUCACAUGUCUCAGCUCGAGGAAUUGGAAAUUGAUGGUCAGAUUCUGAGGUACAUUUCCAAUGGCAUAUUUCCUGAUUCACUCAAGACUCUUUGUAUCAACUUUUGUAAUUGGCAUACACAAUUAUUAGAGUCGCUAUGCUGUGGCUUAUCUCGUCUUCAAAAGUUAGAAAUGGGAUACUGUCCGCUUUUGAAUCCAUUCCCAGAAACAACAUUGGUUAUGCACACUCUUACCUCUUUAAAAAUUUGUGGUUGCAAGGAUUUGAGAUCACUGCCUAAUCCAAUUAAAAACCUCACCUCUCUUCAAUCUUUUCUUAUAAAAAAUUGUGGUCUGGUGUCCUUUCCAGACGAGGGUUUGCCACCAAAUUUAACCUUUCUUUGGAUCUGGGACUGCAAGAAUCUGAAACAGCCAAUGUCAGAGUGGGGACUCCAUAGACUGAACUAUCUUGAAAACUUUAAAAUGUCUGGCACAAGUCCAAGUACAAGUAUGCUUGAUUCCUUUCCAGAUAAUGAUGGUCUAUUGCUUCCAACUUCACUGACCCGUCUCCACAUCUGUGAACUCAAGAAUCUGAAAUCCAUCUCGAGGGGACUCCAAAAUCUCAACUCUCUAAAAACCUUAGCUAUUAAGAAUUGCCCAAAAGUUCCGUCCUUGCCAAAGGAGGGCUUCCCCCUCCACACUUCAAUUGCUAAGGAUCUGCUCAUGUCCUCUCCUAAAAGAACGGUGCUCAAAAAACAAAGGAGAUUAUUGGUCCAUCAUUUCCCACAUCCCUUGCAUUGAUAUAGAUACGGGUCUCUUCCAAUAAAUAGAAGUCUUGAUAGCAAAGAAAAGACACUCAGAACUGAAGCAACAAAAGAAAUGCCAUUGAAUCCGGGUACCUUAGAGAUCUGAAAGAAAUGCCCAUCCCAAUGAUGGUAAAUGAUUCUCUGAUUAUAUUCCAGCUCUAAUUCUAACACAUUCCAUGCUAUACCUUAAAUGUCUGACAACUUCUGAUGUUCCAAAUAGCAGGAAAUUGAUGUUUGUGUGGGUAUACUUUCUUCAAAAUGGAAGCAUGGUUAGUUACUUUUGGUUCUUCAGAGAGCAGCAUUUUAUUCUAAACCCUUAAAGGCUGCUUCAAGACUCAAGUAAUCAAUCCUGCAUUCUGCUUUCUAGCAUGUAGUGAUGGCAAGCUGACAAAUAAUGAAUUAGAGGAGCUCUCUAAAUCUGAAUAUUUUUGGGCACUGAUUGAUAUCCAGUAAGCUAGUCUGAAUACCAAUCUGUUGGAGUCGAUGAGAUUCAGUUGGUAAAACUCAAUGUGUACAAGUAAAGAAAAGAGCCAUACCUAAGCAUGGUGCAAGUUUGGCAUUGGUUUACAAAAGAAAGCAAUAUUUCCCUAUAAAAAAGGAAGAGAGUUGCUGCUGGAAAGAAAGAGAGCAGAGAGACUUUGAAAGAGCUGGAAAGAGAGUUUUAGAGAGUUAAGAAAAUGAGAAAGAAAAGGAAAAAAAAUAUCUUUGAAUUUGUAUAUGUUAAUCCUCUAUUUUGGUGAUGAAUUUAUGGUUUUCUUUCUCCUACUUGUUCCAGCAUAAAUCUCUCUUAAAUUUCUUAGUUUUUUCUUCCUCCAAAUCCAACAAAUGGUAUCAGAGCUUUUUGAUCUUGAGGGACCUGGUUAGAAUUUGUUCUUGACAAGGAUUGAAUGGCAGCAGCUAUAUAGUUAAACAAGUCCAUGAUAGCCUGCAGGAUGAGGGUUGUUCCAAGAAGAGAAAUUUUGUUUUGAAGAAAGAAACUUUGCUGGUGAGAUAGUGCACCAGAGAAAGAAGAACAAUGGUGAGCAAGUGCACCCAAAAGAAGGAGAAAAAUGGUGAGAAGUGCACCAGAAAUCAAAGCAUUAGAGAGAAGGGCUCCAUGAAAGAGUUGGAGAGAUGUAAUCCACCAACAACAAACAUGGAGAGAAGUGGUCCAUCAAAGCAAACAACAACACCAAACUUGGAGAGAUGUGCUCCAAGACAACCAAACAAAUCAGAACAUGGAAGAUACUUGACUGAAUUCACAGCUCCAACAAAAAUCUCAUAAAGGAGGAGUGUUGGAGUUGAUGAGAUUCAGUUGGUAAAACUCAAUGUGUACAAGUAAAGAAAAGAGCCAUACCUAAGCAUGGUGCAAGUAUGGCAUUGGUUUACAAAAGAAAGCAAUAUUUCCCUAUAAAAAAGGAAGAGAGUUGCUGCUGGAAAGAAAGAGAGCAGAGAGACUUUGAAAGAGCUAGAAAGAGAGUUUUAGAGAGUUAAGAAAAUGAGAAAGAAAAGGAAAAAAAAAUCUUUUAAUUUGUAUAUGUUAAUCCUCUAUUUUGGUGAUGAAUUUAUGGUUUUCUUUCUCCUACUUGUUCCAGCAUAAAUCUCUCUUAAAUUUCUUAGUUUUUUCUUCCUCCAAAUCCAACACAAUCAUGUGGAAGAAUCAUAAUUGGCGUUGUAUCUGCACUCUUUCACCAUGGUGCUUUGCUUAAAUUGGGAGAUGUGGAGUGCAUUCACAUUAGAAAAUUCACAGCCUGCUAAACUGUUUCAACAGGAAUACCAAACAGGUCUUUAGUUGCUAGCCAUGUGCAGUGGUGGACUGAUUGCAAAUUUACCUUGGACGACUUCCAUUAUUGGGAGCAAAAGGCAUCACAGAACCACGGUUGACAUUUUCAAAGAAAAAACAAAAUGAAGUCAAAAACCAGUAAAGGUCUUAUGCUGUUUCGGAUGAGAUUCAUCAAAGCAUUGCCAGUGUAAUUGUGAGAUUGUAGUUUAUAUUAGACAUGAUAUAUAUAUAUAUAUAUAUAUAUAGGGAAUGACAGUAAUUUUCUGUUGAAGUCUUGAAACUAAAACGAUCCUUGGCCACUUCUAUUUGUUUU